ACCAAUCACCCUUUUUUCUAACCGAAAAAUGACAAAUUUCGCGGCGAUCUUGGCCCCCUUCGUCACCAUUCUCUCAAUCAUCAGUCCGGUGACUUCUCGGGCCACAGCCGCAACUUCUCCGGCCCCCGCCCCAUCAUUAACCAGCAAAGAAUCGUUCAUCGUCCAAGGCAAAGUUUAUUGCGACCCGUGUCGAAUUCAAUUCCCUACCAAACUCAGCUACCCCCUCCCUAACACAAAAGUGGUCCUCCGGUGCACUAAUCGUGACACCGGUGCCCAAACCUAUACCGCGGAGGGAAAAACCGAUGCUAAAGGCAUGUACACCCUCAACGCCACCGGGGACCACGAGGAGGAGAUCUGCGAUGUUCGGAUUAAGGAAAGCCCAAAUAGCAAGUGCCCGGAGUUGAUGGACGAUGAGAGCAUUGCUCGCGUUUCGUUGACUGAUAAAAAUGGCGUUCGAGGCAAAGCGCGAAUGGCUAAUCCCAUCGGAUUCAUGGUUAAAGAGAUUGAUCCUCGCUGUAAGGAGGUUCUUGCCGAGAUUGGUAUCAUCGGAAUUUAA